CCAGACCCGCGCUGCCUUCGUGGCUGCCCGCUUGGGUCUGGGGUCUCGGCCUCCAUGGUCAGUUGAGGGGGCGUGUCCGCCCCUUGCUGUUUGUUGGAGGACUCACUGGUUUGUCCCUUUGCAGGGUGAGGGCGGCGAGGCUCCGGUGAGACCCUGGUCCUGGAACUGAAGAGCAGGACGGAGCCUGGCUGGCCCGCAGCACACAAGCAUGCUGCCCCGGUGGGAGCUGCGGCUCUACCUGCUCGCCUCGCUUGGCUUCCACUUUUACUCCUUCUUUGAAGUGUACCGAGUCUCCAGAGAACAUGAAGAGGAGCUGGACCGAGAAUUUGGCCUGGAGACCGGCACUCUGUUGAGAGGACUGAAGAAGGACCCGACGGACUUCGAGUGGAGCUUCUGGAUGGACUGGGGGCGGCGGCAGCUGGCCUGGCUGCUCCUGGGACACGCUGCUGUGUCACAGGUGGCCAUGCGGCUGGCGCAGCAGCACAGACCCUGGAUCCUCACCCUCUAUGGAGUCGGGGCCUGUUGGCGCGUGCUGGGUGCCCCCGGCGUGGCUAUGCUGCUCCUCCACACCACCAUCUCCUUCUGUGUCGCCCAAUUCCAGCGUCCGCUCCUGUGCUGGCUAUGUUCUCUCCUCCUGCUUUCCACUCUGAGGCUGGAAGAUGCGCAGGAAGUUAAGAGAGGCUGGUACCGGACGGAGAACGAGUUCCACCUGCUGCACUUCACGCUGACCGUGCGCUGCCUGGCCUGGACCGGCUUCAGCCUGGAGCGCGCCUGGCAGCGACUGCCCACCUGCCGCUCCUUCCCCUGGCUGUUGGCCUACGUGUUCUACUACCCCGUCCUCCACAACGGGCCAGCGCUCAGCUUCCCGCACUUCGUCUGCCAGAUGCAGCGGCCAGCGCCCCGCCCCCCAGUGGUCAGCCUGGGCCUGGGCCUGGGCCGCCUGCUGUGCUGGUGGUGCCUGGCGGAGCUCAUGCUGCACCUCGCCUACACGCACGCCCUGUGUGGCAGUGCUCCCCUGCUGCGGGCCGUCUCCAGCUGGGCCCUAGGAGGACUGGCGUUGGCCCAGGUGCUCUUCUUCUACGUCAAGUACCUGGUGCUGUUCGGCGUCCCUGGUCUGCUCAUGCGCCUGGAUGGGCUCUCACCACCACCGCUGCCCCGCUGUGUAAGCACCAUGUGCAGCUUCACUGGGAUGUGGAGAUACUUUGACGUGGGGCUGCAUGACUUCCUCAUCAGGUACGUGUAUGUCCCAGCGGGCGGCUCUCAGCAUGGCCUGCUGGGGACAAUGUUUUCCACGGCACUGACCUUUGCCUUUGUGAGCUUCUGGCAUGGUGGCCACGACUACCUCUGGUGCUGGGCGGCCUUCAACUGGCUGGGUGUGACCGCAGAGAACGGGGUCCGCAGGCUGCUGGAGACCCCAGGCAUCCGGGACAGUGUGCACAGGGUACAGUCAGAAGCACGGGAGGGUGAGAGAAUUCACCAGAGCCAGAGCGGGGAGCAGAGCAGGAAGACUGACAAAACACACUGCUGAGGGGAGCAGCAGGCGGCAGGAGAGGUCUGCGCGCCAUGUGGGCCCCUCCUCUGGUGGCCGGGGAGCAGCCAGGGAUCGAACCGGCGCUGCAGAGGCUGCGGGCAGCUUCGCAACCCAGCGCUCAACUGCUGCGCCACCGGAGAGGCCCCGGGAAAGCCCUUUCUAAGGGCACAAGGGUUCCAUUGUGCAGACACGCCGUGAUGUAUGUGAACAGCUGUUCACAGUCGGGUCCUCCAGUUAUUUGGUGAUUGUCGUUGUAUUGAGAUGAUGUCAUAAUCAGGGUGGACUCUUGCAAACUGAGGUGAAAGGCUACUCUCGGGCUGCCCCUGACUUUCGCUGCCCUGUGGGGGACCAGCCUUGUCCGCCUAAGGCCCCACCUCUGGCCCCAGAGCACCCUGGCCAGCCCUGAGCCUUCUCAGUCCUGUGAACUUAUGAGGUGCAUUAUAUGAGCAUAAUAAAACAGCCCAGGGGCUAAGACUAUUCCACUCUACAGGAAAAUGAUUUGAAAACUUAAGCCAUUUCUUUCACACAUGUGCCUGGAGUGAUUUUAAACUAUGAGCAAAUGUUUCAUCACGUAGAUGUAUCAAGAGCUGCUCAGAACUCACUGGUUCUGAAUGUUGCCCUGAAAAACUUGGAAACAUGUUGGGUACCCUACCCAGGAACUGGCUAUAACCUUGAACUUACUGCUCAGGACCAGGCUGUGACCUUGAACUUCCUGCCCAGACCUGGCCGUGACCUUGAGCCACAGGCAGGCAGCUCUCCAACAUGCAUCACAGCUCUGUAGCUUGCUGACUGUGGUUAGAGAUGACUGAAGACAGCGAAACCACAUGCACUCUCAGCCCACUCCAGAACCCCACUUGAUUUUCCAGCCAGUUCUGCGCCUGGGGGUGUGGCAGCUCUUGAGUAUGUGUGGUUUGGGUGUGAUCUCUGGUCUGGCAAAUACGGUGUCUGGUGGAACAGAUUUUCCCAUUUCUUCUCCUGUCAAUGGCUGGUUCAUGGCUCCUGGGCUGCAGGGCUGGGUCCCAAUCGCUGUCCGAGCUGGCCUCCUGACCACAGUGCGAAGGCAGCGCCUCCAGCCGGGCAGGUCUUAGCUCCUCUUUCUGUGUCCACCCACGGAUCCAGCUGUAGCUCAGCAGAGCUCUCUUCCCAAAAGGCGGCUGACCUCCCACAUGCACAGCUUCCUGAGGUUUUGAGUAAACGGCUCCCCACUGAGGUGACUCUCCUUCCCCCUCUUUUCAGGAAUCCAUUUCCUGUUCUCUUGUCAAAAUCCAAGUAAAGAUGCCCCCUCUCUCCCCUGGUACUUGCCCCUGGCUGGCCUGAUGGCCACCGGUGCGUGCCUGUGGGCCACUCACACCCUCUCUUGUUUUUUAAGAUGGGUUAGAACAGUGAAUGGCCAGUGUCGUGCCUUCUCUCCCUGACCACCUUCACUGUGAAGCUUCCGCAGGCUGGCCGUCAGCCCUUGCUGGGGUCAGAGGCCGCGGCGCUGUGCGGAUGACGCUGGUGUCUGGACAGACGUUGAUGGCUCUGCAGGUGGUGCCAAGCCUACAUCAUCGCGGCUGCUUUGAGCACUUGCUUGAAUGUGGCGAGUUUCUGCAGAAACUAAUUUCGAGAGUGUGGGUCAGGGCAGGGCCUUAUGGGCUUCUGGCUCUGCGGUUCCCACUUUCACUGGUGUGGGCACCUCUGGGUCCCCUGGCCACUGGGCCUCUUGGGGCAACUGGACGACGUCUCAGUUGGGCGCUGAGGAUUUCCCUCUCUGUUUCAACAGACAGCGCCCUCUGUCUGGUCACUCUCAGGCUGACCCCAGUCUUCCUCCCUCUCCUGCCACUCCUGCUGCGCCUCCCGGAGGCCACCCGGGUGCUCGGUGACAGGUCAUUCCUAACUCAUGUCUCCCCCCUUCAAGCCGUGGUCCUCACCUCCCGGCGAUGCUUCUCAGCAUGAACCAUCGUCAUCCUCCUGCAUCCCGUUGCUGCGUCCCUCCCAUCUGUCCAUGGUGGACUGUCCACCAUGUCGGGGGGCCUCUGGUACCUCGCUUCGUCUCCUGCUCUUCUCUGCAUCCCCCACACCAGCUUUUGUCUCUGAGACCUAGCCUCCGGCCUCGGCCUGGCAGUUGCUCCACUGCCUAGGCUGCCGCUCCCUCCUGAGCUGACCCGCUGGAGUGGAUCGAUCACUGCCCACGCCUCUUGUGCCCGGCUGGUUGCAGCAACCUGCUCUCACCCAGUAACAUGCUUGACCCUCCUCACUGGCCCUCAUGGGGCUGGAGACCAGAGUGACCGUGCCCAGGACAAGCGCCUGCUGGGGGCUACUGUCCUUGUGAAAGUCUAAUUCUCUCUACAGACUUGAUUGGGGAAAAGGGCUUCCAGGGAAAACCUUGGGGGGUCCGGGAAUAUCCUGAGUGGGGUUCCCUGUGCAAUAUGUCAGAAGGACCUGAGCCAGGGCCAUCUAGUUGGUUGACGCUCUGGCUCCGUGGGCCAGAGAUGCAGUGGCCAACAGAGCCUGAGCAGGACGGGCUGAUAGACCUGACCCAACACUGGGCUCGGCCUUGGUCAGAUUGGUGACCACAGGCAGCACUUCGUGGCCCUUGGAGGCACUGCCCUGCAGCUGGCCAGGGCCGUGUGGGGCUUGGCAGUGAUCACUUGAACUUGUUUCCAGCAAGAGCAAAUGUUUGCCCUAGAGAAGCCACUUGCUCCAUACACAGCCCUCCCCUGGGCCCACUUGCCACCGCCAGGCCCUCCUGCACCUCUGGGCUUGCUCAACUUGGAGAAAGUAUUUCCCAGCAGCCCGCGUGGGAGGCUCCGCAGAGCCCAGGGCCUCUGAGCAGAAGCCCCAGCCAUCUUGCCUGGGGUCAGUGGCUUGGAGAGGGGCACCGAAGCCGUGAGAUGGGGCUUUGCUCUAUGAGGGGCUCAAUGAUGGGACAAGGAGCGGCUUUGGGGGCCCCCAGAUGUGCAGACCCACCUUCCUGGAGUCACCCACUCCCCAGGGUGCGGUAGGUGCUGGGGGCCCGUGUGUGAGGAGCUAUGCCUGGGCUGGAGCUAAGGAGCACCUGUAUCUGGCUGCAGGGGGUGAGGGGGCACCAGCGUCUGGCUGGGGGACUCUAGCGUCUGGCUGGAAGACAGAGAAGUGGAAGGAAAUCUAAAGAAACCAGAAAUGGCACCUCGCGGGGACUGGGUUCUGUGUGCGGAUGCUAUUAAGGCAGCCAGGAAGCCGAGGCCAGAGAGCCAUGGUGUGUGUCUCAGCACAGGGACAGCUGGGAAGAGGGGGGCCGG